AAAUCAUUCACCGGUUUUAGUAAAUUCAGUUCAGUUUUUUUGGCCGUCAGAAAACAAUCAUCUUCGGCUUUUUAUACGUUGACUCAAAAUGGACCCGGAGAAUUUGGAAGAACACAGAAAAAAAUAUAAACCAUUGGAGAAUGUUCUACAGACUAUCAACUCCAAGUAUAUCGCAUUGUCGGAGCAGGCUGUUAAAAAGAAUAACAACAUUCUUCAACAGGUUUUGACUAGUUUGACUAAUAAGAUGAAGGAAUGCGACGAUCGUUUUAAGUUUAUGUAUCAAAAUUCUUAUUUUGGUGGCAGCUUUUACGAUAAGCUCAAAAUAUCAGAUCCUAACGAGUACGAUAUAGAUUUGAUCUUCAAGAUACCUAAUAUUAUGAAUCCAUCCGUCCAAUGCCUUAAGAAUCAUGUUCUGCCUGGGUAUGUGAAUGUCAGGAUAGAGAAUUAUGAUAAUAUUUUGAAGCGCCCAGAAGCAGAAAGGAAAGGAUUUGAAGAUAUUCGACGUUUUCUGGAUCACGAUAAUUUUCUUUCGACAGAAAAAGUGCUCACAUGGAUGGAGAGUGUCGUAUCAUCGUCAAUGGAUAAAUUUUUUAAAUUAAAUGGAAAACAUUAUAUGGAAUUAACCGGUCAGGAUGACAAAGUUCUUGUUUAUAUGACUAUGGUUAAAGGGAGUCCAGCGUUUACUUUAGAACUCGCUAUUGGGGACCCUAAUAGCGAGAAAAUUUGUGUGGAUCUAGUACCCUCGUUCCAGUUUGAGAAAAAAGAUUGGCCUGUUGGUUACAGACCGAAUAAUUCACGAAAAUUUGAUAAAUUUCUGGUUGUACCGAAGAAACCAAAGAAAUACGAAGGUUUAUUUGACGUAAAUCGGUAUUGGAGGCUGUCUUUUCAGGAACAAGAACGUGAUAUGAUAAGCGGGAUACAUUUAAGAAGCAUGAAGCCUUCAUUAAAGCUAUUGAAGAAAUUGCGAGAUAAACAGAAGCAUGACUGCAUCGCCAGUUAUUUUAUUAAGACCAUUUACCUCUGGACUUUAGAAAAGAAGCCUGAAAAGUUCUGGUCUUUGCCUCUUGGGGCUGUGUUUAUGUUGAUGUUAAAAGAAUACGCGGACUGUGUUCAAAAGAAGUAUAUACCAUAUUUUUGGAAUGAAAAUUUAAAUCUGAUUGGACACGUUAACGAUAUCCACCUAAAAGGCCUGGGAAACCGUUUGAAAAAUAUUAUUGACGACAUUGAGAGGGGACUGGCGGCAUCAGAUGUUUUUGUGGUAGGCAACUAUUUAUUAAAUCCAGAGGAUAUUGAGCUACUGAAGAAAGAGGUGACCUUGAGCAAGAAACUCGUUUCCACUGUCUCAUGCACUGACGCCACUGACUCUUCGGUACCUCUCAUCAAGUUAGGCUAUCCAAAAUCAGACGUAGAAAAAACAAAAGAGGACAUAGCUUUUCUUGAAAGAUCAAAGGAAGAACGAGAUCAAGUAAUGGCCCAACUAUAUCAAAAUAGCGAUAUUUUGGUAAGAGUGGAAACGAAAUUAGACGAUCUGAUUACGAAGGUGAAUCAAGUUUGCGAAGAUAAUAAGGAGAUUAAAAAGAGAUUGUCUGUUUUAGAAGAAAAGAUCGAGAACUCGCAAACUAAAGGAGAGGGUGUGAACAAUUUGAACAGCAUCGACGCUCUGUUGAGUAUUCGAAAUAUCGAGAAUACUGGUCCUGCCCGUGAUUAUAAUCUUUUACAUUAAAUUUUUUAUUCUAUGUUUGUGCAGUGUUAACAUUUUAUUUUGUCCCACUUUUAAUAGGCAAUAUGACUUUAUUUGUUUUUGGAGAUAGAACAUUAGUUAAAAACAAAAUAUAAUCUGUCAAAUGUCACAGUUUUUAAUAUAAACCUUUUUUUAAUAGAGGUAAAUAGAGGUUAUCUAUAAAUUUUACAUACGAAAUAAUAUAUGGAAAUCGCAAAAUAAUUUCCGAUGCACGUGAUCAACUUUGAGUGACAAGCGAUGGCGACAGCGCUGCCAGAUUGUGAUGGAUUUAUGAGAUGAAUCUUA